AGGACUUAAAAAGAGGACAAAGAAUUCUCAGCUGUCACAUUUAACACACACCCACUCUUCAUCGUUUCCUCACUCAAUCUCCGCCUGUCUCUGUCUGUAUGUGUAUGUAUAUUCUAUACAUAUAAACACACACACACACAAAUUCGCACACAGAGAAGCGAAUUGGAACCCGGGCUCCUUCUGCAUGCCGGCUUCAGUUUGAUCCCUGUGAUUUUUCUCGCUCUCUCUACUCUUCUUUUCUAGCAGAUUUGUCUUUUGUAUCUACGUUUGGUGGAAAAUGGACAGACGUGGCAGCCACCACUUUGGGUACGCUGAAAUGUCACCAGGCCUGGGCAAUUGGAGGUUCAGGAGGCAUUUUAGAGUCCCACAGAUAGGUUCAACACAUCCAUACAGACAUAGAAGCCUCAGUCCAGUCCAUAGAGCUGAACAAAGAGAAGGAUUUCCAGAGGAGAGGCACAAUGAUCAAGGUCAUGAUCUUAUAGAAGUGGUAGCCACCAAUGAUGAGUGCUUACGAAUUCACCGUUUAAGGGCCAUGCGCGCUUUCAAAUUCGCCCUUGUUGAGCAUGUCAAGAAACUGAUUAAACCCUACUGGAAGGAGGGCAAAAUCAGUAAAGAUGUGCAUAAAGUAAUAGUCAAGAAAUCAGUCAAUAAGGUUAUUGAAAGCUUUGGUUCAUCAGAGAUUCCUAUGAAGGGAAAGAUCAGCAGUUACUUGAUAUCUUCACAUUCAAAGCUCUCUAAACUCGUACAGGCCUAUGUGGAGAAAUACCAGAAGAUUGUUUUUAUGUGUCAAUACUCUGGAUUAGCUUACCCAGAACUCUAAAAGGUGAGUUUUCUCAAGUGUUUUUCAUUUAAUACUUGUUUUAUAUUCCGAGACUAGCGAAUCUGCGGGGGUGAUUUAUACACUUCUUCAUAUGUUAUUUUUUUUGUCUCAGACUAAGAGUUGGUUAUCACUAAACAUUGUGCUAAUAUUUGUGAUAAUAAGCCAUGUAGAUGUACAUCUCACACUGUUCUAUUAUACUGUUAGUUAGAUACGCUGGUCAUAGGACGCCUAGAGACCAGUGAAAGUAUGUUCAUUCCAGUCACUUGAUCCUAAACUUCUUUAACCUCUUCAAGCAGAUUCAGUUCCCGAAACUUGUUCCUAUGACUCUUUAACCUUUCAAGUGGAUCAUCUUCGUGAUACAUUUUUGAUCUAUACAUCUAUCAUUUUCUGUUCUGACGGACUACUUGAUGACAAUUCUGUAGUCUGAACUGAUCCUGUUAUUGUGUCACCGUAUUCGUGUUAUGAAAUAUCUUCCAGAGAUCAGCUGAUAUAUAUUUCAGUUGCUCUUCACCAUUCAAUUGUGCUUUUCUUGUGAUCAGAUUCAAUUGUUCUCUCCUCAUAUGAGAUACAGGAUCAACCAGGGUUCUAUAGGAUCCUUUCAGUUAUGUAAAUCUGUAUGCAUAGCCGGUCUUUUCACUUAAAUGUCUUGAUGUACUUAUGUAGGUGUCAUGUUGAAUUAGUUCUUCAUUAGGUGACAAUUUAUGAUUAAAAAACUCAACUGAACAGUCUUAUCCCUAGGUAUACAAGUUGCAUGCGUAGAUCUCUUUUUCCAUUCUCUUGAAGAAGAGCUGUCUGACAAUUUGUGCUCGUGUUAAUAACAUUUUUAAACCAAGCAUCUAUUCCCAUAUGCUUAUUUGUCCGAAAGACAUGAAUCCAAGAGAACGCUACUUGUUAUUGUCUUAUCCUUUCCGUUUUAAUUAAUUUGGUAGUUUUCAAUAUGUAUAGCAGUUAAGCAUUGUUUAGGAAAAAAAUUGUCAUUCCCCUAAAACUAAAUUUCAAAUAUCACAUCUUGAAACAUCUAAGCAUGAAUAACAUGUCAUUAACUGAUACUAGAUUUACAUUGGAAGAAUGUUCAAAAGUAUACUUGGAAAAUAACACUCUUUAUUUCCGCUAUUGCUUCUGGAAAUUAAUACAAUAGUUGUUGGAUUUUGCGGAAGAUUUCCAAACUUUCUAUUUCUUCAAGUCCUUUUUCACUUGUAAUACUCCCCUGUUGAUUUCAAGAAGUCCAUCAAAUCUGCAUCCACGUGUUGUAGUUUUCAACUUUGGCUCUCAAUUUUUGUGGACGGGAGUUAGUGAAAUCCUACUGGUUUGAAUCCUAACAAACCGAUGCACUAGUUACUACUUUAAUAACUAGUAACUACCCCCAAAUCUAUAACUUUCUUAAGCUGUUUUCGGCUUGUUGUCUGCACAAAUGUUGGGAAAAGAAUCCAUACGACAUGCAUCUCAAAGCUUUAUCAAUGAUGCCCCCUCACCAUGUUUCUCAACAAAAUGAUGCUAACACAUAUAUAAAUGCACCUUUAUUGCUAUAUUUUACCGGAGCAUUCUUUAACAGAGAGUUGGAUUUUGUUGGUACGUCUUUUGCUAGUUUGUCUUAGAAAUGCAUCAGAAAGUCAAAGUUUAUGAUCAUUUGCAAGAAUGCGUUUGUUGUUGUUUCAAGCAGUUGAGUUGCUAUAUUUCUAAAGUUGUUUUUACUUGUAGGAAGUAAUUAGGUGGUCUUACGUUCAUAGAAGUGAAAUUAUCUGAUGUGUACAGUAUUUUCUUUGAUCCUAAAGUAGAUCUUUUAUAAUUUUGCACGUGAGUGAUGCUCUCUUGGUUUCGUGUAGUUCUAAUAGCUUGAUUAUAUUUAGAUAGUAGAUGGAACAACACUUGUAAGCGUCCUAUUAAAACCGAGGAUUAUUGACCCACUUGCCAUCCCCGUGCCGAAAUAAAUAAAGUUGUCUAGAAAAACCAGUUAGCAGCGGAUAACCUAAUAGUGAAAGAGUCGGACGGCUAACAAAAAGCUGAAAAAGCAUCUUUUUGUGUAUAAUACUCCAUACGAAUGCUAAUAGUUCGGAAAUGUGAAAAAAAUAAUAAAAUAUAAGAAAAGUACCUAGAUUCAUGGAAGAGAAAGUCAUAUCAGUCACAUGCUUGCAUAUCCAUCAUUCAAGUCUCCAUUUAUUAAUUCAAAUUGCAUGUCCAGAUUGACCUAUAUAUGAAUAUGCGAGCAUACCUUCCGCGCUUGUUUGAACAAUAGCAAUGAGUGAUAUGGUAAAAUUCUUAAAUGGCAUUAAUGCUUUCAUUCUCUCAAAUUAUAAUAUACAGAUAGCAAGUUAAGCAUGAUGUAAUCCUAUUCAUAUUUUUAAUGUUGUUGCUCAAUAAAUAUAAAACACCAUAUUCCGUGAAGCUUUCUUUUGUGCAUUAAACUUUUUUUUCUUUAGCCUUCCUUGACUUCCGAACUUAUCUUUAGUAUGGGGUUUACAUGCAGAAAAUUUGGGACAACCCUUGUCAGCGGAUUUCACUGGUGGAAAUCUUUGCUUUCCCACGAAUGCAACUGGGAUAAAAUUGGAUCUGUAAAAUCUUGCCGCUCGAUUUCAAUUUUAUCUCGCAACUCAUCCCGAAUCAUGUUUGAAGUCCACGUGUUCCGCUUGUGAUUUAAUUCCGAGAGAAAAUGCAGCAAAGAAUGGGGGAUUUUCCAAAAUCCUGAUCUUUUUACGAGUCACAGCAGAAGGAUUAAUCAGGGUGAUCUAUUGUUUAAAUGUUUCAGUUAACGUUUUAAGAAAACCCGACUCAUCAGCAAGCUGCUGUGUGACGGGACAUGCAGUUUGGAAGGAAGGCGUCACUGUAGAAGUUAAAACUAUAAUUCCCAUCUUUAACUAUAGUUACACCUGUGAUUAAAAGCAUCUGUGAAAUCCAGCUGGAUAUACUGUUCUGCCAUAUCUUUUCCAAUCAAUAUGA